UUGAACCGUGCAAUUAAAUACAAAUUUAACGACCGACAUUAUUAAUAUAUUCUGCAAUGGAUAAUGCUUUAUAAUCACACAAUUAAAAAGGACAAGCAGUAGAGCGUGUGGAGGUAAAGGGUCAUGUUAAAAACAACAAAUUCUAUAAUUUCACGAUAAAUAAAAUGACAACCAAAAGGUUGAAAGACUCUGAUUGGUUUAGAAGCAUAUAAUCUAUAUAAAUAUGACCACCCACACGUUCGUUUGCAUCACAAAUCUUUAAAGUGUUGUCAUUAAGCAAAGAGGCAAUGGCGGAGUCAAAGAGCUCCAAGAGGAUGGUGAAGCAGACGAUGGGCAAGAAGAAGAACAACAAAAAGGGUCGUGAGUCUGGAUCAGGAUCCGGUUUGAUUCGGAUAAAGGUGAGGAAGCUCCAAAUACUGAUACCGGGUGGGAAAAGAUGCAACCACCCGAAUCUACUUUUAUUGAAAACCGUUGACUAUAUUGUCUACUUGAAGUUGAAGCUUAGGCUCCUUAAAGCAUUAUCCAACUCUUUUUGAAGAUUACAGCUAUGGUAUUUCAAGUUUAUUUUCCGUGUAUGGAUUGUCAUUUGGAGUUUGCUUUAUGCCGUAUAUUUUACUUUAUUUUAUAUAGUUUGUUUAUACUUAUGUAACAGUAAGAAGUUUGUCUAUAAGUUUAUAUUUAGUCAAUUUGAAAAUUUACAAUAUGCUUUGUGAAAUUCUUGGUUUUAUUCAAUUUCAAAGUCUUUCUAUAAGAGAAGACUAGGUUAGUCGUGCAUAACAUGGACCAUGGUUUCCACAAUUCCACUCUAGGAGAAAAUUGUACAGGCCAUUUUAGUUUACAUAUAUAUUUUAAUUUGAGUUCAAAUAUUGUUAUGCAUUUCACUUUGCUACUAAUUACAACGAUCAGUGGCAUAUCAAAAAUCUUCUCGUUAAAAUUUUCAACGAUAAAAAACUAAUGAUACACAGUCAGUUGCACGAUAAGAAAAUGAAUAACAUAGUGUGUUUGAUAAAAGAUAUCUCAGCAACCGGUAAACGAACAUAGCCACAUUCUCCCAUAGGAUAAGGGAGGAUUUUGAAAAGACCUAAACCUGAUUUUAAACUGAAUAUGUAACGGGGCUUUACUAAAAAUCUGCUAAAUUUAUUUAGUUAAACAAGUACAUUCAUCUCACUAAUAAUUCAUAUAACUAGGGGUGAGUAUUGUGUGCGUAUCCGCACCCGUAUCCGAACCCAACCCGAAAUGAAGACGGUUGCAGUAAUCCGUAAGUAUAUUGACCGAUCUCUCUUUGAACAUGUCUCUACCUACACAAAUGCUUUUGAAUUAUGGACAACAAUUGAAUCCAUGAAGUAGCAAAAUAUCCGAACGGGUAUUGAAUAAGGAAAGAUUGAAUAUCCGAAUCCAAACGGGUAAUAUUUGAACCCGAAUAGAUAUCCAAAAAUAACCGAACAUAUGAAUACUUAACCAUAUAUUUCUAGUUUACUUCUAUAAUUUUAUUCAAAUAUUUAUAUUGAUUCUGCACAUGACUCAAAAUCAGAUUAUAUACAUAUAAUUAUGGA